AUUUCCGUGGGUCACAGCGCUGGUCCCUCCAGCGCGGGUGACGUGAUCACUUUCCACCUUCCACUUUUCCCAGUCGUCGAAACCCCUACUCCAGUCCCCGUUGUCUUAAAACCUCACAGUUUCUCUCUCUAAAAUUCUCUCGCUUUUUCUAUCUGAACUUCGCUAUGAAUAUCUCAUCCCUAACCCUCGAUUCAAAUCCCAUUUCGAGAACUUUUAGUGCGGCAAACCCUAGAACACAGAGGUCGCCGUUUAUUCGCCACAGAAAUGUCGUCGUUUGCUCUGUGAAGUCCGUUCCUUCAUCCCCGUCGUUGGUGGCUGCACCGGCCGGCGAAGGUUUGAACCGGAUCGAAUCGUUGAGUCAAGUCUCUGCAGUUCUGGGAUGUCAGUGGGGUGAUGAAGGGAAAGGCAAGCUCGUCGACAUCUUGGCCAAACAUUUCGACAUCGUCGCUCGCUGUCAGGGUGGAGCUAAUGCUGGGCACACUAUCUACAAUUCAGAGGGCAAGAAGUUUGCUCUUCACCUUGUUCCCUCAGGAAUUCUUAAUGAGGAGACAAUGUGUGUUAUUGGGAAUGGUGUUGUGGUGCAUCUGCCAGGGCUAUUUGAAGAAAUUGAUGGCCUUGAAUCUAAUGGAGUCUCUUGCAAGGGUAGGAUAUUAGUAUCUGACCGUGCUCAUCUGUUAUUUGAUUUCCAUCAAGUGGUUGAUGGGCUUAGAGAAGCUGAGCUUGCUAAGUCCUUUAUUGGUACCACCAAAAGAGGCAUUGGACCCUGUUACUCAAGCAAAGUGAUUCGCAAUGGCAUAAGAGUAUGUGACCUCAGGCACAUGGAUACUUUCCCUCAGAAGCUUGAUCUUUUAUUAUCAGAUGCAGCUUCAAGAUUCAAAGGUUUUGAGUAUGGGCCAAACAUGCUCAAGGAAGAAGUUGAAAAAUACAAGAGAUUUGCUGAGAGGUUGGAACCCUUCAUUACUGAUACUGUGGACUUCAUGAAUGAAUCCAUUUCACAGAAGAAGAAGAUUUUGGUUGAAGGUGGUCAAGCAACCAUGUUGGAUAUUGACUUUGGCACUUAUCCUUUUGUUACUUCCUCCAGUCCAUCUGCAGGUGGGAUCUGCACUGGUCUUGGCAUUGCCCCUAGAGUCCUGGGUGAUCUAGUUGGAGUGGUAAAAGCAUACAAUACAAGAGUUGGUUCAGGUCCUUUUCCAACGGAGAACUUGGGUAGAGUUGGUGACCAACUCAGGUUUGCAGGGCAGGAGUUUGGCACUACCACUGGUCGUCCUCGUCGUUGUGGCUGGCUAGAUAUAGUUGCGCUGAAGUACUCCUGUCAGAUUAAUGGCUUUUCUUCUCUGAAUCUCACCAAGCUUGAUGUCUUAUCAGAUCUAUCCGAAAUAUGGCUGGGGGUUGGUUACAAAGAAAUUGAUGGCAAACCAAUCAAAUCUUUCCCUUCAGAUCUCCGUGCUCUUGAGCAACUGCAGGUGGAGUAUGAAAUUUUACCUGGGUGGAAGACUGAUAUUUCCGGAUUCAAAAACUACUCUGACCUCCCAAAGGCUGCACAGCAGUAUGUGGAAAGGAUAGAAGAACUCGUUGGUGUACCCAUCCAUUACAUUGGUGUCGGUCCCGGGCGCGAAGCCCUUAUAUACAAAUGAUCUUGAUUUUUCGCUUUGGAAGCCCCAAGGGUAGUACAUGUUCUCAGAGGUGAGAUGGGACGUCUAUUGCUGGAAGAAUUUAUCCCCCUUAAUGAUGGGGAGUUAGUUUUGGAUAAAAAGAAAUGAUCACUCCUAAUACCUUCUGUUUAAGAAUAAUUUGUUCUACAUUUGGAGGCUGAUUUCGAUAUGUAGGAAACCUAAAAAGUUGUUCUACUCUGUUAACUUCAUUACCAAUUUACCCUUGUUAGGGAUCUUGAUGUGUAAUCAAAUUUUCAAUUAUUGAUUUGCACAUUACAUUGUUGCAGAA